CAACAUUUAUUUCACAAGGCAAGAGUAAGAAGCAACCAUGAGAAACCUUUCAGCUCUACUUCUGCUGCUUCUCCAGGGAACUGUGCUGGCUCGAACAUUUAAAAAUGUUGCAUUGCAUGGAAAAGCCACCCAGUCUGACCGGCUAGCAGAUCAUUUUUCAGCGGCCUACAAUGCCAUUGAUGGAAAUCGUCAGGCUGCCUAUGGAGCAGGAUCAUGCACUCACACUGUUGGAAUGACCAAUCCCUGGUGGAGAGUGGACCUGCUGGAUUCUUACAUUGUCACUUCUAUGUCCGUCACCAACAGAGGAGACUGCUGCCCGGAACGAUUGAACGGAGCAGAAAUUCAUAUUGGCAAUUCUUUACUCUACAACGGUGCUGCAAACCCAGUGGUUGCUGUCAUUUCCCAUAUCCCAGCAGGAAGGACUUUAACUAUUACAUUUACCAGACAUGUGGAAGGCCAGUAUGUGACUGUUGUGCUUCCAGGUGUUUCCAGAGUGCUUACUCUCUGUGAGGUAGAGGUUUAUGGAUACCGUGCUCCAACUGGAAAUGUGGCAAUUUACGGAAAAGCCUCACAGUCAUCGGUUUCACCUGGAGCCAUCGCCAACAAUGCUAUCGAUGGGAACCGUGCAGCAUUGUGGACCCAGGGUUCCUGCAGUGCCACAAAUACUGACUUUAACCCCUGGUGGAGACUGGACCUGGGGAGCACUCAUAGAGUGUUCCGUAUUAACAUAACCAAUCGGGUAGAAUUUCCCACUCGAAUUAAUGGAGCUGAAAUCCGUAUUGGAGAUUCACUUGAUAACAAUGGAAAUAACAAUCCAAGGUGUGCUGUGAUCUCAACCAUCGCUCCAGGUUCUACUGAAACCUUUCAGUGCAACGGCAUGGAUGGUCGAUACAUCAACGUUUUCAUACCUGGAAGAAAUGAGCACCUCACUCUGUGUGAGGUGGAAGUGUACGCAUCCAAACUGGAUUGAAUAAAACAUGCUAGACGUUACAUGAUAAGGAUCUCAUUUCACUGAUAGGAGUCUCCACAAUAUAAGUGAUGAGCUUGUCAUACCUAAUUAUAGUUAAAGCUCAUUAAAAUUGUGACCACAAGAUGGCAGA